GCAAAAGUGAAAGUUGUAUGACCUUCUAUAUUCUAUCUUUAUCCCGCUCGCGAACAAUUAAAAAACAUUUACGGCAAAAAUGAUGAAGGCAUCAGUGAAAGCUAAAUAUGAGACGGACAAAGCCGCCGCUACCGGCGCGGCAACUAUAGCCUUCAACGCCGGCGAUUUUAAGCUCCGUGCUUCUAUGACCGAUGCUACCGUAGUCAACGGUCCAAGCUUAAACGGCUUAGCUCUCGCUGUUGAAAAACCUGGUUCAUUCAUCUUCGACUACAACGUCCCCAAAAAGGACUUUAGGUUUCAAUUUAUGAACUCAAUUAGGGUAUUGGAGAAGCCAUUGAAUUUGAAUUACAUUCACUUUAGAGGAGAUAACCGGACAAUACUGGAUGGGACAUUGGUGUUUGAUUCAGCGAACAAGGUGUCAGCCAAUCAUGUGCUGGGUUCGAGAGGUUGUAAAUUGAAGUACAGUUAUGUUCAUGGAGGACUCACUACUUUCGAGCCAAGCUAUGAUAUGACAAAGAAUUCUUGGGAUUUUGCAGUGUCGCAUAAAGUUUAUAGGGAUGAUGUGUGUAGGGCUACGUAUCAGACGACGAGUAAGAAUUUGGGGUUUGAAUGGUCGAGGAGCUCCAAGCUAAAUGGAUCAUUUAAGGUUGCUGCAUCUCUCUGUUUGGCUGACGAACUUAAAAUGCCAAAGUUAACUGCUGAGAGUUCGUGGGACUUUGACAUAUGAUUCUUUCUGCAUUUUUGUUCUGCAAUUAUUCUAACAUGAUACUAUUUCCAGCCACCAAUUAUAAUUGGCUACAUAUGAUGGUUUUCAUAUAGUGGUUGUAUUCACUAGUGACCUUCCAUGAUACUAUUUCCAGCCACCAAUUAUAAUUGUAUUCGGCCAGUAUAUUAUACUGCAGAACCUUUUCCCAUUCAAAUUUCAGCACUCUGCUGUUUUGAUGCCUUGAGCUUUCGUCUGAACAUCUCCCAUUUCACCUCCUGUAGCAACCUCAUACAUUUGCUUCGUAUUUCCUUUAUGGAAGGCUGAUUACAUUUGGCGCCUUGCAGUAUUCAACAGGUUAGACAAAUACUUGAAUACCCUGUCAAACUAUAAUUCGCCUCCAUUUUUCCAUUUUGUCGAAUUUCUUUCUGG